CUCUUUAAUGGUCAAAUAUAUAAAAUAAACGCUUUUCUAUGAGGUAAUUAAAACAUGGACAGCCAUGAACAUUGCCGAAAUUGUUAUAACAUGCGAUGCACUAGCAAACGUGGUUGUCCAAUGGUUUUUUGCUCGUUUGGUUGUGGCGUAAAACUUCAUGAAUGUAAAAUUGCUGAUCACAAUAAUAUCUGUCGUGAAAAAAGAGUGCGUUGUGUGAAUGCUUAUUACGGCUGUCCCAUGUCAAUGGCGCGCUCCCAGAUAGGUACACAUAUACAGAACUGUCCGGCUAGUGUCGUGCAGUGCACUCAAGUAUGGGGCAGAAACCCAUCGUUUUCCAGUGAACGUCUCAAGUGGGUGCCAUUUAAGCAAAGCAACCCAGUGUUGGUGAAGGGUUGUUUGGAGGUCGAGUUCGCGUUCCAUGAUCAAAAAGUGAUCAACGAAAUGCGGAAAGAUCGUUGCAAGACUGGCUUUGUGAAGCGAUUCUCAAAAAUGCAUGAUCUUCAAUCUAAAUUCUCGUACAAACGAGCUAAGAUGUACGCAGAUGAGGUGAAGGCUUUCGUCGAACUAAAUCCAUCGUUUCAUUACGAUUCUUUUGAAGAGGAAGAAAGGGAAGAAAUUAUAAAUAAAUCCAUAGACGUUUCUACCAAAAGUUCCGGGUAUGACAACAUCCCAGAAUGCCCUCUCAUGCCAAAUGCUCGGCCAGGACUGGGAUUGAACUUAAACAUUGACAUAAUAACGAGUUUUGGGCGCCACAGCCAUUCUUACCAGAUUCCUUGCCAGCAAAUUUUACGUCGGAAUGAGUAUGGUGCACACUUUAAAAAUGUACAUGCUGAAAUCCAAGGAGGAUUUGGUUGGAUUGAACGUAGGUGUCCUUUAGCACAGUAUGGUUGUCCUUUCAUUGAUUAUCCUCUACUACCAUCCAACCUUCAAAGCAAGAUUGUAUUUAGCGAAACUUUGGGAGUUUUUGGAGUUAAAUCUAAACAUUGGUCUGGUCAGAAUUCAUAUUUCUGUGCAAUCCUAUGUCUCCCAUCGGAAUUGCUAGAGGAGAUUUGUAAGUGGUUGGAUGGUUUUAGCUUGAGCAACUUAAUGCUUACGUGUCGAACAUUGCAUCUUAAUUUGUCACGGUUGGUUAUCAACCGUGGUGUUGUAACUCCUCGCUGGCGAAAGAGGAUAUAUGAAGAUGGCUCAUCAUCUUGGAUUUUUGCAGAAAAGGUUUGGACAUUCACGAAGGCUUUUUCUGAGGUGAAACAUUGGGUACAUGCAGAAAAGCCAGCACUCAACAGGCAUCUUGAAAAUUGCCCCUACUAUGAAAAAUAUCGUUCAAGUAAACCCUUUCAAUAUGUGAAUAUGUCUGAGUAAACUGCUGAUGAAACUAUAAAAUAAUAUUUAAAUCAAUGGUUUGUGCUAUUUGAUGUCUUACGCAUAAAAAUUAUAAUUUCACAAGACACCAAGAAAGCUAACAAAAGAAGAGUAGUCAACACUUAAAUGCAGGUCCGCAGCAGUCACUGAACAAUAUUAUAGACUCAAAGGGACUUAAGCUUGGGAUGAAAUCAUGUUGCGAGAAAAAAGAUGUGCAAAAAUUUUUAUUCGACAAUACCAUUGUAAGGCUUGAAAACCUUGUACUUGCAAAUAUUAUGAAAUCAUUUCUAAUUAGUUAAUUAAUUAAUUAUUUUAUGUAUUAAUUAGUUAUUUUGGUGAUUACAUCAUCGCAAAUGACCAACCGUGUUCAUUAAAUGAUCAAGAAAUUGGGAA